AUGAGUGCCAACCCACAGUGGGAUGUCAGCAAGGCUGUGGCAGUGGCCCGGCUCUUCUACCUUCUGUCUGGUGCCAGGGAUGCUUGUGUGGCCCCCUUCCUGACACUAUACCUGAGGCAGCUGGGCCUUGCUGCCCCCUGGGUGGGUGUCCUAAUGGGCACUAAGCACUUGAUUGCCACCACCUGGGCCCCACUGUGCUCCUUCCUGGCCAAAAACUAUCAGAAGAGACAGUUGCUCCUUACAGGAUCACUGCUGGGUUCAGCAGCUGCUGUGCUGCUUCUGACCCUUGUGAGUCCCUUGGACAAGGAUCUGGUGUAUCAGUAUUGUAAUGGCAGCCACAGGCUGGCCACUGCAAGGGUACCACCCCAGGUGAUGCCCCCUGUCAGCACAACCCUAGAAAGAGAAUUGGCCCCAAAGCAUUCAGCUAGAGUAAAGAGCUUUUCAGGACUCAGGAGCCCUGGGCAAGAGUCCUAUGGCUUCCCAGUUAGACCUCUCAGAAGUGACAGAGAAACCAUCAAUCAAAAAGGACAUUUCACAGCUCUGUCUGCCCUUCCAGGAGCCUACUACCAGAAAACUGGUAUAACAGUGCAGGCGACUGCCCCUCCUCUGAUGGAUGAAGUACUUGAAAUGGGAGAUGCCCCUAGGAAGAUGAUGAGGACAGGUGAUCCCUGGAGCAGCAUGUUUGAAACAACAGGCCCUACUUUACCUUGGCUUCAUGUGAGCUCUGAACUAGAAACUCCAGGUCCUCCAGUGAAUCUGUCACUAACUGAGAGGGCAAGAGGCCAGAACAGGAGCUUAGCCCUCUACUUGGAUGGGGAGCACGGGAUCUUUCUUCUUUCGAUGAUGGCAGUGCCAUUCUGGGAGCUUCUGUCUGCCCCUCUGGGGCCUGCUGCUGCUGAUAGCCUCUACGAAUAUCUGGAUUUUGUGGAUGCCACUGACUGCUACAGAAGGCUCUGGGUUUGGAAAUCGUUGGGCAUGUCUUUAGGAGUUUGCACUGUCCCAGUCUUGGUGGGUCAGCUGGACUGCUUCCUGACAGGGGACACCCCCCGGGCUGUAGUGCACUUCUAUGUGUACACAUUGCUCAGCAUAUUGGCCUUGCCAGUUAGCUUCGCUAUUCCUAUUCCUAACUCCAAGAGGAGGGAAACUAGCCACAAAGUCAUCAAAGUACUGAGCCUCAUUGGAAGUGACCGCCUUCUUAUCCUAUUGGCUGUCACAGUUUUCUUGACUGGGGCUGCAGUGGCUAACGUAGAGAAUUUCCUCUUCUGGCAGAUGCAAGACCAAGGCAGCAGUGAGUUGAGCAUGGGGCUCUCUGUCACCCUCAGCUUGGUGGGGGAGAUUCUACUGCAUCCCUUCAAAGCUAAGAUGCUUAAAAAUCUGUCUAGUUUGGGUACACUGGGGCUGGGGCUGGGCUGCCUCUCUGGGCAGCUUCUCUAUUACUCUUUACUUUGGAACUGGUGGGCAGUAUUUCCUGCUCAGGUCUUUGGUGCUAUCAGUAAUGGAGCCCUCUGGUGGUCAGUGGAUGCUUUAGUGGAAGACCUGGUGAUUCCUGGGACAGAAAGGUCUCUGAGUGUGAUGCUGAGAGGCCUCUUUUAUGGGAAUGGGGCAAGCCUGGGGAGCUUUGUAGGGGGUUUUGUGGUACUUCACUACAGCUUGGCUGUGCUAUUUAGGACAUAUUGUGUCAUUCUGUCCCUUUGGUUAGUUUUGUUCAUGGCCAUCCAGUCAAAGCUCCCCCAACAGAGAAAAAUCAAUUAUUCAAAGCUAUUGGCCAUGGAUACUGCUGAUGCCAGUGAUUCUGAGGAAGGGGCUGAACAGGACUGGCUUAUAAAAGCCAUGAGAGAUGAAUAUUUGACAGGAAGGGCUGAAAACAAAUAUUAA